GUCAGUCACAUAGUAGAAUGUAAUGUAACCUACCCCACAUUUGAAACAAGAGAAAAACGUACGUACCUGUUCUGCAAGAGAAAACCGGAGGGAAUAUAACGGGUGUUUUACUUGGCAGUAACAAACAACUAACAAUAAACUGAACAUACAAAAGGAUCAAAUGGGACCCCACUUAUCCAACGCAUUUCCACACACUCUUCUCUUCAAAUAUGUCUAACUUUGUUGCAAGAACAAAGGCAAAAAACAUAAUAAGCAAAUUUGAAAACCUCAAUGGCUACAACAGCAACAUGUUAUUUACAUCCCAAAAAUUCAAAACCUUUUUCACAUUUCACUACAAACCCACCAUCCAUUCCUUCAACUUAUCCAACCCAUGUUUCAUUAUUAACUUCAUUAGACUAUCCAUCACAUUUACAUUGUUCCAACUCAACUCGAAGAUCAAAUGUUCGAGUAAAUGCCAAAAAGAACAAUCCAUGGCUUGACCCUUUUAACGACGGAGAAGACCCGAACAUGGAAUACGGUUCCUUGUUUUCAGACGGUAAACAAGACGAGGAUUCAAGGCCACCGGAUGAUCCAAAUAACCCUUAUGGAUUCUUGAAAUUUCCACCUGGUUUUACAGUUGAGAUAGCUUCUUUGGGAUUGAAAGUUAGAGGUGAUGUUAGGAGAUGUUGUUGUGUGGUAGCUGGUGGUGUUUAUGAGAAUUUGUUGUUUUUUCCAACUAUACAGUUGAUUAAGGAUAGGUAUCCUGGUGUUCAGAUUGAUGUUGUGGGUUCUGAGAGAGGGAAACAAUGUUAUGAGUUGAAUAAGAAUGUUAGAUGGGCUAAUGUUUUUGAUCCUGAUGAUGACUUUCCUGAGCCUGCUGAGUAUACUGAUUUUGUUGGUCAACUGAAGAGUAGGUACUAUGAUAUGGUCUUAAGCACCAAAUUGGCAGGAAUUGGCCAUGCAUCAUAUUUAUUCAUGACAACUGCUCGAGAUAGAGUUAGUUAUGUCUACCCAAAUGUGAAUGCUGCAGGAGCAGGACUGUUUCUAUCUGAAACAUUCACACCCGAUAGUCCAAAUCUUUCAGAAGGAGGAUAUCAUAUGUAUCAUCAGAUGGAAGACUGGCUAGGUAGAUCAUUUCGAAGCGUUCCAAAGCAGGUUGUACCACCACUUAAAAUAUCGCUUUCAAGGAAGUUAAAGGAAGUUGUGGAGGAGAAAUACACAAAAGCAGGUGUAAGGAAAGGAAGAUAUGUUGUGAUUCAUGGGAUACAAUCAGACUCAAAGGCCUCAAUGCAGUCUAGGGGUGAUUCUGAUAGCUUGCUACCCCUUGAAGUGUGGGCUGAAAUUUCUGAUGCUGUAAGGGAUUUUACGCCUCUUUUUGUCAUUCCACAUGAGAAAGAAAGGGAAAAUGUUGAGGAAAUUGUUGGAGAAGAUUCCUCCAUAAUAUUCAUCACCACCCCUGGACAGUUGGCUGCUCUUAUUAAUGACUCAGCUGGAGUGAUAGCUACCAAUACAGCCGCAAUUCAGCUUGCACACGCACGCGAAAAACCUAGUGUUGCCCUAUUUGGCUCUCAAGAGAAGGGAAACAAGUUUGUUCCACGUGCUGAAGAGAAGAAAUGCAUUGUGAUAUCAUCGAAGACGGGGAAGUUGAUUGAUAUAGAUGUUGAGGCUGUAAAAAAUGCAGUUCAAACUUUCAACCUGUCUCUAGCUUUUGCAUAGCCUAAGCGGUUGUCUAAAUGUGAUUAAAACUUACAGCAAUAAUGAAUGUAUAUCGACAAAUUCAUGGUUUUCUUCGUGUUA